AUGUCUAGCCCAGAUGACCCAUUCAAAAUCAUUAUUGUGGGAGGGGGGAUAGCAGGUUUGACACUCGCCAAUAUGCUGGAAAAGUUUGAGAUUGACUACAUCUUGCUGGAAGCUCGCGACAACAUCGCACCGGCAGUGGGCGCGAGCAUCGGCCUGUUUCCUAACGGGCUGCUGAUUCUCGACCAGAUAGGAUGCUACGAGCCAGUCCGAGCAGUCGCUCAGGGCGACAGUGUCAAGUACGCGCACAUGCGCCGUCCAGACGGCAGUUCCGUGUCCUGCACUGAGGAUCUCUUUGCGCACCUGAAGAAGAGACACGGUUACGAGAUGCUGUUUUUUGACAGACAGUGGCUUCUUCAAGUCCUUUUUGAUCAGCUGCGGCAUAAGGAGCGGAUUGUGCUCAGCAGCCGUGUAGAGGCUAUCGAACAAUCUGGCCGUGAGAUCAGCGUGACAACCAAGGCAGGAAAGAAACACACCGGUAGCAUUGUGGUAGGCGCCGACGGAGUUCACAGCACGGUGCGUCACGAGAUGAGACGGCUCGCCAGUCUAUCAAACAACCCAACGUCCUUCCCGUCUGAGGAUGAAGAGCAAACUGUCCCAUGUCACUACCAGUGCAGCUUUGGAAUCGCCAAACAUGUCGAAAACUGGCCAGAAAAAAACCAGUCAUUCACGUCUGGGGAGGGAUACUCGUUUCUGGUGGCAUCGGGGCCCGACAACAGAGUGUAUUGGUUCAUGUUCAAGCGUCUACCUGAAGUGAAAUACGGCAAGGAUAUUCCAAGAUACACGAAACAGGACGAGGAGGAUUUCGUCCAGCAGCACGCCCACGUCCGGAUCACAGAGGAUUUGACGUUUGGACGGAUUUUUGAAAACAGGAUCUCGUCGACUUUGACACCACUUCACGAGAUAGUAUUUAAGAAGUGGUUUUGGGAAAGAAUGAUUUUGAUGGGAGACAGCGUACACAAGGUGGGUUUCACAGUAAAGACAGGACGAUCCGGACUGACAGUGUCUCACGUAGCCAAACCCCAUUGGUGGCAUGGGUGGAAACGGCGCCAUCGAAACGGCAGCCGAGUUUGUCAACUCUCUGCUCAGAGCAAGAGACAGCCGUCUGAAUGGACUGUGCGGCUUGACAACAGCAGAGAUCGAGGCCAUCUCCAAGCACACACAGGACGCGCGCCACUUCUCACAAAACUCGUUCUUAAUCUUGUUGUUCCCCUGAGCGGGCUUGAACACCACCUUGGCCAGAUGGGAUCCAGGCUGCUUGCCAGCGCAAAGCUGGAUUUUCUGCCAGUGCCCACCAGACCCAGGGCCGUGCCAUAUGACCACGAGUUACCAGCAAAACCAAUCCGAGGAUGGCCGCUCGCAAUGACCAAGGCGGUGUUCUGUGUUGGAAUGGGGUUGGGAUUGGGGUACCCCUUUCAACCUUUGUCAGUGCUGAAUUCUCAGUUGCAACGGGCUUAUUCGCUGUCACAAACAAUCUCGCCGCUCCUGAUGUACACUCUUGAGGGCCAUCGAGCUGGCAACAAGGGCACGCUCCUCUCAUUGCCCAGCCUAUUUGUGGCUGGCAUACAGACUAGGCGGGUGGGAAUGGCAACGAUUGCUCCUCUACAUGGGAUCAUAGCCGCACUUCAGUCGUUCAAGGCUCCCCCAGGUCGGUGGGUCGGCGUGUAUGUUGCGAGAGCACUGAUGCCUGCACUCUCUCUGGGAUAUGUUAUUCCAACACUCUUUGCACUGAGCCCAACCUGGGGAGCAUCCCAAGGUGUUGUUUCCAGUGGCUUCGCAAUAGGGGCGCCUUUGCUUGUUCCAGUUUUGACCACAGCGCUUUCCAGAUGGUGGGAAAGCAGGAGCACAGCGUAUGCAGAAGACUUUGAGAGGUACAAGAAAGACGAUGUUUCGGCAUUGAAAACGGUCUAUAAACUGGCUGUCGUAUCCCAGGCUGCUGCCCACAUCAUGUUUGUGGCUCAUGCCUACUUCUGCUUGAAGACCACACCACCUCAACUGAUCAGUCUGCCCUUUUCACUGAGUGGGGCAGUGGGAUUCUUGGGAGAGACUUUGUAUUCAAUCCUUGAUCUUAGGUUCUUGGGGUAUGUGACGGGUUGGCAGGUUGCCAAGGUCUCGCUGGCUUCUAUCCUCAGCCAGGUGGUGCUGGGCCCUGGGGCUUCUAUGGCGGGAGUUUGGUGGUGGAGGGAGCAAAUCAUUGCGGGCUACUUAAAGGGGAACUAG